AUGGCUGACAAUACAUUAAACGAAAUACUUGUAAUGCUACAAAGUUUAUGUAUACAAGCGAGUUCGUUUCUAAACACCCUCCAAAUUUCUGAUGUUUUAGAAGCUAUCAGCACAAGUUCAAUGUCUGAAAUCAUUUACCUUCUUGUCCUUUUUGUGUUACUUUUUUACCUUUACAAGAUUCUUCUUUGGGUGCUCGGAACAGUUUAUGAGAUGAUAAAAUUUGGAAUUAUUAUCGCAUUUCCCAUUGUCUUAUAUUGGAUAUUUGUUAGCAUUGAUGUGGAAAAGGGCAAUGAGGAGUUAAGAGCAACACGAGAAAGAUUAGUAAAGGGUGCCAAGGAAUUUGUGUUUGAUCGUGAUCUAUAG